AUGCUGCGGCGCCCGCUGGCCGGGCUGGCAGCGGCCGCCCUUGGCCGGGCCCCCUCGGACGGGAUGUCAGGACCAAGGCCCGUCGUCCUGAGCGGGCCCUCGGGGGCUGGGAAGAGCACCCUGCUGAAGAGACUCCUGCAGGAGCAUGGCAGCAUCUUUGGCUUCAGCGUGUCCCACACAACAAGGGACCCGAGGCCAGGAGAGGAGAACGGCAAAGAUUACUACUUUGUGACCAGGGAGGUGAUGCAGCGCGACAUUGCUGCCGGAGACUUCAUCGAGCACGCUGAGUUCUCAGGGAACUUGUAUGGGACCAGCAAGGCCGCUGUGCGGGCUGUGCAGGCCAUGAACCGCAUCUGCGUGCUGGACGUGGACCUGCAGGGCGUCCGCAACAUCAAGAAGACCGACCUGCGGCCCAUCUACAUCUUCGUGCAGCCGCCCUCACUGGAUGUCCUGGAGCAGCGGCUGCGGCAGCGGAACACGGAGACAGAGGAGAGCCUGGCCAAGCGUCUGGCGGCGGCCCGGGCCGACAUGGAGAGCAGCAAGGAGCCCGGCCUGUUUGACCUGAUCAUCGUCAACGACAGUCUGGACAAGGCCUACUGGGCCCUGAAGGAGGCGCUCUCCGAGGAAAUAAAGAAGGCACAAGCAGCUGGCCAGCCCUGA